AUGGAUGUGGAUUCGUCGAUGUCGUCGGAGCCCGAUCAGGAUCCGCCGGCGCUGCAAAGCGCUUCUCCUCCUCCACCGGUGAUAGAUAGGGAGAGCCCGCUGGCCGUGGGAUCUCCGACCGCAGCGGCGACGUCCUCUUCUCCUUCGCCGGCGGUGCUGGCACCGGCGCAGGUUCAGGUGCAGCAGCAGCAGCAGAGCCCGGUGGUGGGCCCGAGGCCGGCACCGACGUACUCGGUUGUGAAUGCUAUUAUAGAGAAGAAGGAAGACGGCCCGGGGCCUAGGUGUGGUCACACCUUGACCGCCGUCGCCGCCGUUGGGGAAGAGGGGUCGCCUGGCUACGUUGGUCCGCGGUUGAUUUUGUUUGGUGGUGCGACGGGGCUAGAGGGAAAUUCUGCGACCACGGGAACUCCUUCCUCUGCUGGGGGUGCUGGCAUCCGAUUGUCGGGGGCCACUGCUGAUAUUCAUUGUUAUGAUGUUCUGUCAAAUAAAUGGUCGAGGAUUGCACCUAUCGGAGAACCACCUACACCCAGGGCUGCUCAUGUGGCAACUGCUGUGGGAACUAUGGUUGUCAUUCAGGGUGGAAUUGGUCCGGCUGGUUUAUCUGCUGAAGAUCUUCACGUUCUUGACCUCACACAACAGCGUCCACGAUGGCAUAGAGUUGUUGUUCAAGGCCCUGGUCCUGGGCCACGAUAUGGCCAUGUGAUGGCAUUGGUGGGUCAACGGUAUCUCAUGGCAAUUGGAGGGAAUGACGGUAAAAGGCCUUUGUCGGAUGUAUGGGCCCUUGACACAGCAGCCAAGCCUUAUGAGUGGCGGAAGCUGGAGCCGGAAGGGGAAGGUCCACCACCAUGCAUGUAUGCUACUGCAAGUGCUCGUUCAGACGGUCUUCUGCUGCUCUGUGGAGGGAGAGAUGCAAACAGUGUGCCAUUAGCAAGUGCAUAUGGACUUGCCAAACAUAGGGAUGGCCGCUGGGAAUGGGCGAUUGCUCCUGGUGUUUCUCCAUCUUCUAGAUACCAACAUGCAGCUGUUUUUGUCAACGCAAGACUUCACGUGUCGGGAGGGGCUCUUGGUGGAGGUCGCAUGGUAGAGGAUUCAUCAAGUAUUGCUGUGCUGGAUACUGCAGCAGGAGUUUGGUGUGAUACGAAAUCUGUGAUUACUAGUCCAAGGACUGGCAGAUAUAGUGCUGAUGCUGCUGGUGGAGAUGCGGCAGUUGAGUUAACAAGACGCUGCAGACAUGCUGCUGCUGCAGUUGGUGACUUGAUCUUCAUUUAUGGUGGUUUACGUGGUGGGGUUUUGCUUGAUGAUCUACUGGUUGCUGAAGAUCUUGCUGCUGCUGAGACAACUAGUGCAGCUUCCCAAGCCGCAGCUGCAGCUGCUGCAUCUAAUGUACCAGGAGUGAGGAUGGCUGGAAGGUACGGGUUUAUCGACGAAAGUAGGAGGCAAACAAUGUCUGAAGCAUCAGCAGAUGGUUCUGUUGUCCUAGGGAACCCUGUCGCUCCCCCUGUAAAUGGUGAUAUGUACACUGAUAUAAGCACAGAGAAUGCCAUUCUUCAAGGAACACGGAGAACGUCCAAAGGUGUGGAAUAUUUAGUCGAAGCAUCAGCAGCAGAAGCUGAGGCUAUCACUGCAACUUUGGCCGCUGCUAAGGCUCGACAAUCGAACGGAGAAGUCGAAUUGCCAGAUAGGGAGCGUACUGCAGAGGCUACCCCUAGUGGCAAACAGUUAUCGAUGAUUAAACCUGAUUCCACUGGAUCAAAUAGCAUUCCUCCUGGAGUUCGGUUACAUCACAGAGCGGUAGUUAUAGCUGCUGAGACUGGUGGGGCUUUAGGUGGCAUGGUUAGACAACUUUCCAUUGAUCAAUUUGAAAAUGAAGGCAGAAGGGUAAGCUACGGGACUCCUGAGAGUGCAACUGCAUCGAGGAAAUUGUUGGACAGACAGAUGUCUAUCAACAGUGUGCCCAAAAAGGUCAUUGCACAUCUUCUAAAGCCUCGUGGCUGGAAGCCCCCAGUUCGUCGCCAGUUCUUCUUAGAUUGCAAUGAGAUAGCAGAUUUAUGCGACAGCGCUGAAAGAAUAUUUUCUAGCGAGCCAAGUGUUUUGCAACUUAGAGCUCCGAUCAAGAUAUUUGGUGAUUUGCAUGGACAAUUUGGUGAUCUUAUGCGUCUAUUUGACGAAUUUGGCGCCCCUUCAACUGCCGGUGACAUUGCAUACAUCGAUUAUCUCUUUUUAGGAGAUUAUGUUGAUCGUGGUCAGCACAGCCUGGAGACAAUUAGUCUGUUGCUUGCUUUGAAGGUUGAAUAUCCAAACAACGUGCAUUUAAUUCGUGGGAACCAUGAAGCUGCAGAUAUCAAUGCCCUUUUUGGCUUCAGGAUUGAGUGCAUUGAACGAAUGGGUGAGAGAGACGGAAUAUGGGUUUGGCAUCGGAUCAAUCGUUUAUUCAAUUGGCUUCCUUUGGCUGCACUGAUCGAGAAGAAAAUCAUUUGUAUGCAUGGCGGUAUAGGUCGCUCAAUAAAUCACGUCGAACAGAUCGAGAACAUUCAGCGUCCUAUUACCAUGGAAGCGGGCUCGAUAGUGCUCAUGGAUUUAUUAUGGUCUGACCCAACUGAAAAUGACAGCGUGGAGGGAUUGAGACCGAAUGCCAGAGGCCCUGGGUUGGUUACCUUUGGGCCUGAUCGAGUCAUGGAGUUCUGCAGUAACAAUGAUCUUCAGUUGAUUGUACGUGCGCAUGAGUGCGUUAUGGACGGCUUUGAACGUUUUGCACAAGGGCAUCUCAUCACACUUUUCUCUGCCACAAAUUAUUGUGGCACUGCAAAUAAUGCCGGGGCAAUCCUUGUUUUGGGAAGAGAUCUCGUGGUGGUUCCAAAACUCAUCCAUCCUUUACCACCAGCCAUAUCUUCGCCAGAUGCUUCGCCUGAACAUCAAAUUGAAGAUACGUGGAUGCAGGAGUUGAAUGCUAACCGCCCCCCUACACCAACUAGGGGUCGUCCUCAAGCAGCGAAUGACAGGGGCUCUCUCGCUUGGAUAUAA